GCGUGACUGUGGCCCGUUGUGUUUCAGGAGCCCGGCGGCUGCGACUGGGAGGUGGACGCGGUCCGGGUAAAGGUCGGGAUACAUCAGCAACUCCAGCGGGCGGGGGAUGCCGAGUACAGCCAUGAAGAAGAAGAGACUUCAGUAACCUCUCUUGCACUCUCCUUCCCUUUUACUUUAUCCAUACUUUUCCAAUCUGUUGAACCCACUCCCCUACUAUUUCGUUUAAAUCCCUAUUUACAGCCCUAGUUAUGUGAUUCACCAGGACCCUGGUCCCAGUGUGGUUCAGGUGAAGCCCAUCCCAUCAGGACAGCUCCCUCCUUCCCCAAUACUGGUGCUAGUGUCCCAUACAUGCAAGCUCACUUCUCCCACACCAAUCUUUGAGCCACACACUUAACUCUCUGAUCUUAUUGACCCUGUACCAAUUUGCACAUGGCUCAGAUAGCUACCCAGAGAUUAUUACCUUUUUUGAUUCUGCUUUUUAAUUUAGUCCCUAGCUGCUCAAAUUCCCUCAACAGAACCUCUUUCCUUGUUCUGCCUGUGUCAUUGGUACCCACAUGGGCCACGACAACUGGAUCUUUCCCAUCCCAUUCCAAAUUCCUCUGCAGGUCAGAUGAGAUGUCCCAAACCCAGACAUCAGGCAGGCAACAUAGCCUUCAGGUCUCUCGAUCCUUAUGACAGAGAAUUGUGUCUAUUCCCCAGAUUAUACUAUCCCCAAUCACAACUAUGUUUCUCUUCUCUGCCCCCUUGGUGCCACGGUUCGGUUGCUUAUCCUUCCUAUAGCCUCCACUCUCAUCCGCACAGGGAGCAAGAAUCUCAGACCUGUUCGAUGAGCUCAAGGGCUGAGGCUUCUCCAGCAUUAGGCUCCCCCUAUCUGCCUCACUCGCAGUCACACCCUUUUGUCCCUGACCACAGGCCAGAUUUGAAGUAGUUAAUCUAAUGGGUGUGACUGCCUCCUAAAACACAGCAUCCAGGAAUCUGUCCCCCUCCCUGAUGCAUCGCAGUGUUUGAAACUCAGAUUCCAGGUCAUGAACUUUGAGCCUGAGUUCCUCGAGCAACGAACACUUGCUACAGAUGUGGUCACCAGGAACCACAAUAGGGUUCACCAGCUCUCGCAUGAUGCAACUACAACACAUUACCUGAUCCUGCAUCCCUACUUUAUUUAAUUAGUUAUAAUCUGAUGUAUUUUUAUUUAACUACAAAAAAAAACUUACCUCUCCUUGCCUGCUACAGACCUGUGCCUCCUUGCUAAAGCCUUAGAUUCCCACUCCUACAGUGGCCCACUCUCACAAUGGCCACUCUGCUUUACCCUACCUUCCUUUUGUUGGCUGAGUUGCCACACACUUAGCCAAUCACACAACUUUUUAAAACAAAAACUGUUAGCUCCUCUCCUCUGCUGCUCCGGCUGCUGCAACUGGAGAAAAACAAGCUCCCGACUGAAAAUUGCUGAUAAAUCCUGGCGGAGCUGGAAUUGUGGCAGCAGAAGUCAUCUGCGUGCAGAAGACCAGAAGACUGAUGAGAUUCCUCAGUCCCAGCGGUGAGACAAGGGGUUGGUGCUAUUGAUGGGAAAAAGUGGGUCUGGUAAGACCAGCAUGAGAUCCAUUAUUUUUGCCAACUACAUAGCCAGGGAUACAAGACGCCUUGCAGCUACAAUUGAUGUGGAGCAUUCGCAUGUCCGUUUCCUGGGAAACCUGGUCCUGAAUCUAUGGGACUGUGGUGGCCAAGAUACUUUCAUGGAAAACUACUUUACAAGUCAGCGGGACAACAUAUUCCGCAAUGUGGAAGUUCUCAUUUAUGUCUUUGAUGUGGAGAGUCGUGAAUUGGAGAAAGAUAUGCACUACUACCAGUCGUGCCUGGAAGCAAUUCUUCAAAAUUCUCCUGAUGCCAAAAUCUUUUGUCUUGUCCACAAGAUGGAUCUUGUGCAGGAGGAUCAGCGUGACUUGAUUUUUAAGGAGCGUGAAGAUGACCUGAGGCGCUUGUCCCGUCCUCUAGAGUGCACCUGCUUUCGGACCUCCAUCUGGGAUGAGACCUUGUACAAAGCAUGGUCAAGCAUUGUAUACCAGCUGAUCCCUAAUGUACAACAACUGGAAACCAACCUGAGGAACUUUGCUCAGAUUAUUGAAGCUGAUGAGGUGCUACUGUUUGAAAGGGCUACGUUCCUAGUGAUCUCCCACUAUCAAUGUAAAGAACAGAGGGAUGCACACAGAUUUGAAAAAAUCAGCAACAUUAUUAAACAAUUUAAGCUAAGCUGCAGUAAACUGGCAGCAUCCUUCCAAAGUAUGGAAGUUAGGAACUCCAAUUUUGCAGCAUUCAUUGAUGUGUUUACAUCCAACACUUAUGUGAUGGUAAUCAUGUCAGAUCCAUCUAUACCUUCAGCAGCUACACUUAUCAAUAUUCGUAAUGCCCGGAAACACUUUGAAAAGUUGGAGAGAGUGGAUGGUCCUAAACACAGCCUUUUGGUUCGCUGAAGGGCAGCUUUAUUAUGGACUAGAUAUCAAAUGGGUGUACAACAACUUGAUAUUUCCUGAUAUAAUUCUUUAUAUCGUGUCUGUUUUUGAGUAAUUUGCUGCAGUUGUCACAUUUUUUGUGACCUUAAACAAAAAUCUUGCCACAUAAUUCGUGUUGUUUCCUAAAUGCAACGGGCCCUGUUCAUUCCAGACAGUGCUCCAAUGCUCUCACUAUGAUACAAGUUUACCUGGUCCCAUCUUGACGACACUUCAUGCAAAGUCAGCAACCUUUUGAAAAGUGCUCUGGGGUUUAUAUAAUUUCAAGAUAUUUGUCUUUAAAUUCUGCAUGCAAAAUAUGCCUUGUCUUUUUCUUUCUGACCUGACAAUCUAACCAAUGCUGUUUUCUUUACCCCUCCAGAAGGAAGUUAAGCACAUUAUAUUCUAUAUAAUUAUACUCCCAUAUUAGAGGAAGUGAUAUCACUAUUAGAUACAAAGAUAAUCAGUUCUGUAACAUUCAUAGAGUGUGCGUGCUGAAACAAAUGACAGUUACUUUCUUCCAUUUACAACACCCAAAAAAUUAAAUGUGUUUUUGUAAAAUGUCACUUAAUGUGCUUUGAUUUUUAAUAUUUAGUUUUUUUUGUAAAAGCUGAAUUAUGGGUGGUCUGUUUGUUGCAUCAUUGCAUUCUCUGUAUUCCCACAGUUAUUUUAUGUUGGUUUGGGAUGAGCUGAUGAGACUUUCCCUCUUCCUCCUCUUCAUACUCCUACAGGGGCAGAGAUAAAAGAAGAUAUUGCAAAUCUAACUGGGUUACUCUUGCACAGACCCGAGUACUUGAUGUAAUAGCAUCAAUUCCCUGCCCUUUCCUGUAUUUUUUUUAAAUAGGUAUUUAAUAAAGUCUAUUUCAAACUCAAA